CGCCCGUGGUAGCCCUAGGAUCGUGCGAGCGGGCAAGAAAAUACGGAGCAUUUCGAACAGAUACGGCCCGAGCCCGCUCAAAGAUGGCCGCGUCCCUGCCGCAGCGGAAGCGAAGCGCGCGUGUUUCGGAUAUUUUUGUCAAACCAUCGCCAUAUUGUUUUUAUUGUCUCCAAUAAUCAUAAUUAGAAUUUACAAACAACCAUUUGUUAUAUAAACACGAUAUAACAAUUAAAAGUACGCGCACAGAUUACGUAGUCAUGGUGUAGUUUUUUUAAAGACUUGUGAUUGUGACACUAUGCCACGGAUUUCAGUAUUGUUAUUUGUUAUUUGAAAUUAUCUGAAAUCGAUUUAGCGUAUAGUGAACAGGUUUGGUGUUGUGAUGUGCUAAAGAUAAGGGGUUUACCGUGUACUGUGUUUAAAAUUAGUGCAUAUUUUAGGCUCAUGUGGGAAUUUAAAGUUAAUUAUUGUGUUAUGACUAAUUAACGUAUACUUUCUCGAUUUGUGAUGUGUUAGUGCUUACGUGUCCUGUCUGGAUUUGCAAAUAUGGAUAAACCAUCAUUUAAGCUGGUCGGUGCUCCAUGCGGCCAGCACGGGCAGUACACCUUCUACAAAGCUCUAAGGAUCACAGGGGAGAGGGAACGGAUCAUCGCCAUAGGGGACUUCUUCUUCGUCAGGAUCUGGCAGGACUCCGAACUGGUUUCAAUAGAUAAAAAAUACCCCGAAUGGCUGCCUCCACUACAUGACCAACUAAUCAUAGGCGAGCUGCAGCUGCUGUGGACUGACCGCGUCGCAGACCAGACCCUGGUCAGCCUGAGGCUGUACUUCCUCCCGGAGAACACUCCUGACGGGCGCCAUCAGCAAGGACAGGACGAGGUGCUAGCCAUAAACGACAAGGUGGUCCUGAAGGCCGAGGACCUCCUGUCCUGGGUGUGCAGCGGGCACGAGUGGCGCUGGGGGCUCCGCGCCGUGUGGCGCGGGGACUGCGCGCCGCCGGCGCACCCGCGCCGCUCGCAGCCGCUCCACCACACCCGGCUGGACUUUAGCGAUAUCGAGAAGGAGAAAAACGCCAUAAAUGAGGACGCCGAGAGUCCUGGCGUGGUGGUGUUCUCCUACCCGCGGUACUGCCGCUACCGGGCGCUCCUCUCCCGGCUCGAAGGCAUCCAAGGGGACUGGCUGAGGGACAGUUUAGUUUGUGCGUUGGGGGGCUACGCAGCUCCUACCAAGAACACCAGGAUACUGUACUGCAAGGACACAUUCGAGUACCCUGAGCUGGAAGGGCACGAGUUUGUCUGCAACCAGCUAGCGCCGAAACUGAAGGGGCGACCGCGGGGCCGGCGUCGGAAACGGGCCUCCAACCACUCGCCGUCCCUCUCUGAUAGAUCCAGCGAUAGCGACUCGCAGAAACGCGUCCAGCAACCUGUUGAGCAGGUGCAGCCCCCGCGCCGCCUGUCGCUGCGCAACGGCGCGCCGCGGCACGGCGACGACGACGACCGCGAGGACCGCGCCUUCCAGGACCAGCUGCGCCACUUCCACAAGCAGAGGGGGGGCGCCUUCAAGCCCGCACACUCGCUCAAAGACCUGUCGCUGCGAGCGCUGUACCACUCGGUGACAAACGCUGGGGGCUACGAAUCGGCCUGCAGGCACAAGUUAUGGCGACAGAUCCACCCCCCUCAGCCCAACACCGCGAGACGACACUACGAGAGAUUCCUGUUACCCCUAGAAAAGCACGAAGUCUCCAGCGGCCUCCGAACGUUACCCAAGCUGAACGGCGCCGUCGAGCAACCCACCGUCACCAUCGAGCUGGCCGACAGCCGGGAACCCAGCCCCGUACCCAAGGAGGAGGCCAAGGACUUCAGCGUCACGUCCAAACAUGCUGAAGAGCUGAACAGGGAGUUCCUGGACUCCUUACCGCCGAAGGAGGAAAAUAAAGUAAAGAUAAGCGUGAAGCCGGUGGAGAAGCUUCUAGAAGAGUCUAAGAAGGAGAAGCAGGAGCCCAAAGAUGCGUUCUACUCCGAACUGAAGGCUAAACUAAAUCUAGGCAACGCGGACACUAAAUUCCUGACGGACAUCGCGACGGCGCAACAGGAGUUGGUGACGAGCAGCGCCCUCAGUUCCCUUUCAAGUCUCGUCAAUGGUCACACAUUGCCCAAGGACCAGAGUCGGCCGGCAGGAGCGACGCCGGUGGGGGCGCCGGGGGGAGGGGCGGGGGCGGGGGUGCCGGCGGGGGGUGGAGGGGCGGGAGGGGCGGCGCCCACGCGCAGCUCGCUGCGCGCCGUGCGCGUCAAGCCUGCGCGUGCGCAGCACAACGCGCCCGCCAGCACGCCGCCCGGGUCCCUGAGGCCGGACUCGGCCUCGUCCUCCCCGCCGGCCCCGGCCCCGCCGGCCUCGACCCCCGGCGCCGGCCCGGCCCCCGGCGCCGGCGCCGUCACCAACUUCGGCAUCCACCACCCGCCGCCGCCGCCCGCGCACAGCGACGAUGAGAUCGUCGAGGUCCCAUACAAACCUAAAACGCCCGAGAUCAUAGACUUGGACGAGUACCCGGAGAGUCCCCAAGCCGUCAAGAAGAAGAAACUAGACAUCCUCAAAGAACGGGGGCUCGAGGUGACCGCCCUCCCCGGCGCCCCCGCCCCCUGGCCCCCCGGCGCCCCCCGCGGCCCCAUAGCGCCCCUCGCUCCGCUCGCACCCCUAGUUCUCUCCCCCGCCGUACAACACCAGAUCAUGACGCAGGCCCAAAUCUUCCAGAUGUACAACAUCAUCCCCCCCACCUACCCCAACGGCGUACCCCCCAAAGUCAUCCAAGCCACCAGCGCUUUUGGAUCUUCGGGCCCCGAGAAAACGGUCUACGGGAACCCUAAGGACCCAUUCAUGCCGCCCCCACACGUGUUACUAGGUACCCCUCUUAAAACGCAACGAAACAGCACAGUCGCGGCACCCUCCACCCCUCCGCAAGAUAUAUUAGAUUUGACCUGCAAAACUCUCCCCCCUGGCCAAAAACCCGCCGUAGAAAUAGUGAGAAUCCCGAGCGUCCCCUCCCCCUCCAAAGUGUCCAGUACGGGGCAGAAUUUAACGAAAAACUACACUCUAAUAGACGGGAAAGCGGUCGUAGGCUCCAAUUUAGAGAUAACGCUCGUAAACCCUAAAUCGCAGACGCCUACGAAAUCUAGACAACAGAAAAGAUCUUCGAACGGUAAAUUCGUUCCCGCAAAAACUCCCACACCCCCUAAGGAGUAUCCAAAAUCUUACACCAGCCCCUCCCAGUCCAAAAAACCUCCUAUAGUAGUCCCGAAUUACCAGGUGAAUCAAAGAGACGAUGUGUCCCCAACGUCGUCCACCGGCUCGGGAAACUCCCAAACGAAUUUGCUUCAAAACAACUUGAUGCAGAACGUUUUUAAAGGCCAAAAUAGCUUGCAGCAGAUGAUGGAUAUGCAGAAAAAUGUUCCUAGCAUGCCGUACGUGGACCCCAUGUACAUGAGCGCUUUGUACAGCAGUCUCGCCGGCUCCAUGGAUCAGAGGCAGUUGGCUAUGUACAGGGAUUUCAUGGCGAAUCAGUUUAGGGGGUAUUCUGGGCUUUUGGGGGUGACGCCGACAACGAAAAAUUAAUCUAGUCUGUGUGUGAUAAAUUAUAUCGCGCGGUAGUUAAAAAUGUCAGUAUUUUUAUGGAAAUUAUUAUCUUUGGAAGGAAAAAAUAUAAGUUUUGUUACUUGAAACCUGUUUUUGAUUCGUUAAAUUAACUAUAUGUUUGAAUGUUGAUGGCCAAAACAAAUUGUAUAUUAUGUAGAUUUAAGGUAGAUAAAUGGGACUUGGAAUGACGGGAGUCAAAACAGGUUUUAAGGUAUAUUUAAGAAAAAAAACUGUCAUUUUUACCAACUGUCGUGAUCACCUUUUGGCUUCAUCGAGGCGGUAUCGUGCAUCAUUUGAGGUUAUGCUAUCGAGAAACUACCCUCGCUUUAGAUUUGACAGUUAUAGUCUGCAUCUUCUCACAUAAUUUUUACGUCUAAUCUGUUAAACAAAAGCCAUUGUUUCGUUUGUCGGCCAUUGUGUGCCAUUGUGUCUGACAAUAGCACGCGCCGUAGCACGGGCUCAGAGACAAUGGUACACAAUCGCCGACCGCUCGCAUAAAAAAAACAAUGGCUUUUGUUUAACAGAUUUAGGCUCGAAAGAGCUCGUGAUUCUGAGUAGAAGUAACAUAAAAUACCCAAAUAAAAAAAAAUGUAAUGUCCAAUCAGCAGCAAUAGUUGCUAAGCGGGUGAGGUGUUCAAAAUGAUCUUGACGCGACUUUAUUGUUAAGAGAAUAAGAGCUAAUUAACUUGAAAUAAAAUGGCGCAGGUACAGUCGAAGGCAAAAAUAUCGAUACAGACAAAUGGCUCAAAAAUAUGUGAACACGACUUUACUGUCUAAUGUGUAAGAGCGUACACAUAUUUUUGAAACUUUGGGAAUGUAUAUAUGCCCUUGACAGUUUUCUUAAUGGCACUGCCACAUUCUGUUUGUGUAAUGCGUGAGAUGCUGCCUCGGUGGGACUCAGGGCACGCUGGCCACCAGCUGAUCUCUCGGUAGCGACAGGAAGAGACAAAUAUACCUACCUAUUGUAUUAUAUGUUGCAAUAUCUAUGGUUUCAUGGUUGGACAUAAUGGACAUUUCAGUUCAUAGUGACAUUUGAGUCAUUUCAACGGGUCUAAUUCAUAGACAUAGUAUAGUAGUUAUAGACAUGAAACCGAGCGACCAGGGGUAAGAGAAAGACAUAUUCAUGUAUUGACAGGUUAAUGUAUGGCAGCAUAAUCCUUUUUCUUUCACUCUUAUAAAUUUCGGUAUUUCGCCAUCGCCUACCUAUGCUGCCAUAACCCGACCAUGAAAAAAAACCCGGUCGGUGAUAAGGACAAAGCAUGGCACUAUUUUCUCUUUCCUCUUAUAGGAAUCGCAAUAAGACUAUCUUUCUCUAUCAAAGAGUGUCAGGCCCUUAGUCUAAUUACAGUAAUUACAACCACAGAAUAAAUAAUAGUACUACCGUACAGAAAGGAAACUUCCUACAAUACUGAAGUUUGACAGCGGUUCAGGGUCGAAUCAUGCUAUCCCUUUCGGGUAUUUAGGAUUAAAAUUCAAGUCAUUAUCUUAUCUGUGGUCGUGCACGCAAAGGGACGUCAAGUUGUGCCAACCCUAAUUGCUCGGAGCAAUGCCGAGCCGAACGGAGCCGAGUUUGCCCGAAGAGUUUCGCACCCCUGUUAAAAUUCAACAGAUUUUCUAGACAAAGUGUACUUGUGCUAUAAUCGUCAAAUACCUAUGAAAAAAUUACAUUUAUUGUGAAAUAAAACUAUGAAAACGGAUUGUAUCGCGUAUAUUGAAUUUAUAAUACAUCACCCGUUGACCACGAACGCUGUAAAGGGUUCGGAACGUCGGGAUGUAUUAUAAAUUCAAUAUACGCGAUAUAAUCCGCUUUCAUAGUUUUAUUUCACAAUAAAUGUAAUUUUUAGAGUAACUAUCGCGGUAACCGAAGACAAUAUUAUACAUUUAUUUUGUUACCUCCACACUUAGUUGUGUCGAACUCAGUGCAGAGGCUGCAAAGUUAAUAUACGGACUUACGGAGUAGUAAUUUUAGUUAGGCAGAAGUUAGCGAAUAUGUCAGUUUGACACUACUAAUAGACCGCGAGCCAGGCGCAAAUUUCCUCAACCCACCAACGGAGCGGCAGCUGACGUUCACGAGGGUUCAUCAUACAUAGCCGUUAACCACAAUACGAGUUUUCGCCCGGGAGGCGAUUGGUCGUGGAAAUGUGUUCCUGGCCCCGCGGUCUAUAAGGCAGUCGUGGCACGGUAAGUCGUGUGAAUCAAAAAAUCCAAUUUUGACUUUAAAUAUUGCAAAAUUGUAACUUGUUAUAUGAAUGGGUAAUUCUAUGUCCUUCCUGUCGCGAAAUUGUAACGAAAAAUGUGGGAACAAUUUAGAUUUCUUUUCGUUUUGGGCGUUUUGUAAUAUAAUAAAAUAGUGAUAAUUGUUUUUAAUUUAAAAUAAUAAUGUGAUGAAUAACGUUUACCAAUGUUUGCACUUCACGAUUUGCGAUAUUUUAAAAUAUAUAUUGAUUUGUAAAUGUAUCACGAUAAAACAUGUAACAAGGACAUGUCUUGAAAAUUUUAUUUAAAUGAGUAUUAUAAUGUAUAAUUCAUUUUAAUCGUAUACGUUUUUGAUUCAAUAAUUAAUUUGAUUUUAUGAUUUAGAGCUGGUUUUGAUUUUUAUACUUAAUUCUGAAAUAUUCGUGAAAUAAAUAAUUGUAUGGUAAUGUUUAUUUGUCACAUGUUUAGCUAUAACUUAUCUGUGGCAGAACCGCUGAUAUUUUAGAGGGAUUUUUCCAUGCUUGGUCUUUCUGAAAAAAAACACAUAUUUGUGUUAUAUUUGGAAAUUAUUAUUUUAUUUUUAAUCAAUAUUUUGAACUGUUAUUUUAUUCUAUUAUCAUUUUCCAUACGUCGUGUCGUCUAUUUGUAUGAAUAUAACAGAAUAGGCGUUGCGAUAAUUGUAUGGAUAUUUGAGGAAAUUUCCAUAAGCUAAGCAUGGAAAAUCACAUAGAGAAAUACAAAAGUCUCCUCCUCAGACAAGUUAUGCUCUAAAAAUGUGUCCCCAUCCGAACAGCUUCGAUACUCUGAAUAAUAGCGCAAUUUCUACAUCAUAAUUAAUCUUAAUGUUAAGUUGACGAAAUAUAAAGUGAACCGAUCCUGUUCAAACUUGUUCGACAGAUCGGCUCACAUUUUAAUUUGUCAACAUGUAUAUACUAUUUUAUAGAGAAAUUUCAUCACGUAAAUGUAUUAUUCCGAUUUGUGCAAAAAUAAUUUUAUUAUUUUGAUUCAAUCCAAGCUCAUUAUUACAUCGAUUGGUUUUUAUUUGAACACAAUUAUUGUCUUACUUAAUGAAUAUGGAACACUUGAGAUGAAAACCUCAAAAAGACUUGUCAUCAGAAUAAGAUGUAUUAUACGCAGAAAAGAAAGUACAGUAAGCUGCAGUGAUAACUAACCCCCCAACCCACCCCUACAAAUAAGUUUCUACUCAGGGGGGGGGGGGGGGGGUCGGUCAUCUCUGCAGCUUAAUGUAAAAGUCGAUGUUAUCUUAGUGGUGUAAGCUGCUCAGAUGGUGACAGAACCUAAGCAUAGUUUCAUAGAUUCCAUCUCUUAAGUGUUUUUAGGUUAAUGUUUUUGAUCGCGAUGUAAAUAUUAUUGUGAAAGAGUGCGUACGAACGAGUAAAUAUUGAAAAUUAUAAAUGGUUUUAUUUCA